AUGGCGGACACUGCAGCAGCCACCGACGUCCUCAUGCAAGAGGACACAGCCCCCGCCACAGCUGCAGAGGGCUCCAAGCGCACCAACACCCACACCGCCACAGCCUCACACGAGCCUCAAGAACCUCUCAGCGAAGUCAUGUUUCGCCGAGUCACUCGUAUCAAGGAAGGAGACAAUGUCAUGCUCCGCCUGCCGAGUGACCUUGUAAAGUCUAUCGUUGUUGACAAAGAAACUCUUGUUCAGCUCGGCAAGUACGGCUCAUUCCCUGCCACCGAGCUCAUCGGCCUGCACUACGACAUCACCUACGAAAUCAUCCCCGGAUCCGGAUCAAAGGCUGGUACACCUGCUGUGGACGAUCCCGUAGCGGAAGAACCGGCAGCAGCCGAGGGGAGUGAAAAGAAGAAGGGCAAGAAGGAGAAGAAGAAGGUAUGGAAGGGCAAGGAGGUAGUUGUACCCAAGAGCAACCCUGGGUGGAGCAAUAUAUUGAGACCGAUGAAGCCUGCGAGGUUGGCAGAUGUCAUUGUUGACGAUGUCGCUGAAACCAACGAGCUCAUCGAAGAUCUUCCCGAGGACAGCAAGGGAAUGUUGACUCAAGAAGAGAUUCUCGAACUGCGAGCCCAGGGUUUGACUGGAGAUCAGAUCAUUGAGGCUCAACAGGCCCGUCACGAGUCUUUCAAACUCAAGACAGACUUUAGCAAAGAGAAAUGGAGACGAAGAAAGGAGAAGAAAUUCUAUCAGACUAUCUGCCCUCUGGCACCUACAAUCCCCAACCUUCUCUACCACUACACCUCUCGCUCAGCCAACACCAUCCUUUACCUGCGAGACGACACCCUCGCCCAAAUGCUCACGAUGGCCAACAUUCGUCCCGGGGGCCGAUACAUUGUCGUCGAUGACACCGGUGGUCUUGUCACUGCCGCCAUCCUGGAAAGAAUGGGCUGUGAAGGGAGGAUAUUGUUGAUGACAGACAACGACAGCCCGCCUUCUUGGGGUGUGUUGCAGACCAUGAAUUUUUCGAGGAGGGAGUUGGAAGCGGUGAAAUGGCUCAAUUGGCUACAAGCUGAAGAGAGCUAUGAGAGGUCUGCGGCCCCAUCAGCCGAUGAGCCAGAACCCACCAAUGUACAAAAGGCCGGUGUCAAACAACGAAGACGAGCGGCCCAAAUCGCCGAGCUGAACAAUACCCGAAACGAGCUGCAUCUUGGUGGAUGGGACGGCUUGAUCGUUGCCUCCAACCUCAGCCCCUUGUCCGUCGUCCCCCGCCUCACCCCUUACCUCCUCGGCUCCUCCCCCCUCAUUGUCUAUUCGCCCUACCAACAAGUCCUCGCCGACCUUCUCUCUUGGUCAAAGAAAGACCCGAGCUUUUUGAACGAUACGCUGAGCGAAAGCUGGGAGAGGACGUACCAGGUAUUGCCAGGAAGGACACAUCCCAUGAUGGUGACGAGUGCGACGGGAGGUUACAUCUGGAGUGCUAUCCGAGUGCACCCGUCCGCCUUCCAGCCAGAAUCGCAUCAGAGGUUCAAGAGGAGAAAGAACAACAAGGCUAAAGCGGCGGAACCGACAGAGACGGAAUCGGCAGGCGUUGCCGAGACGAAGGAUGAGGACGAUGCAGAGCUGGCAUUGGAGGAGCUCGCCAAUGAAUAG